AUGUCGGCUCCACCACCUGUCGCUGGUGUCGAAGAUUCUGCGGAUCGAAAUGUCGAGAUGUGGAAAAUCAAACGACUCAUAAAGAGUUUGGAACUCGCACGAGGAAAUGGAACAUCGAUGAUCUCUCUGAUUAUCCCUCCUCGUGACCAAAUUGCGCGAGUUCAAAAAAUGCUUGCCGAUGAAUAUGGGACUGCAUCUAACAUCAAAUCACGAGUGAACCGGUUGUCAGUGCUUGGUGCUAUCACGUCUGUGCAGGGACGUUUGAAAUUGUACAGCAAAGCCGAAGUGUUUUAUCUGCUUCUAAGAGUUCUCACGGGCAUAACGGCGUCACACGGACUGUCGAGCUGUUAUUACAUGCGUGUUCUACCUCUUUCUUCAGAAGAUUUUAUAGAUUUUCGGGAAAUGUAA